UUUGGUUGUUCUAAUAGUGUAAAGAGAACGCCGCACAAAAGACCUUGGCUGAAUCAAACUCUGCACCCAGCAUACGCUCCAGUUGCCCAAACAUCUAUCGCCGCUUUUUCACACAACCUCCCAUCUCCUAUCCACUUGCACCGUCGAAACAAUGGCCAAGCCUAUCCCAAAUUCAAAACCGCACCACUCUCUUCCCAAUUCUCACCUCUCCCCCGACCUCAUCACUCCUGCUGGGACACCCCCUUCGGGCGCUGACAGCUCUUACGGUGCAGCAAUGGAGUCGCGCCUGCAUCAGUUCAUGUCAAGUUUUGACGCUGGGACGCAUAGUUUUGACAGAGAAGACAGGGAGAGUCCCGAGGAAAGGAGGAUGAGUUUUGGAAGUAGCGAUGUUUUUCCAACUCCACCUUCAUCCCGUCGACCAUCCUUUCUCGCUUCUCUGGGUAUUCGACCAUUCACACUUGUAUCUUCCUCUCCUUCAUCUUCAUCCGCCACUCUAUCCAGCUCCCAACCCAAAGACGCUUUUGGUAACGCAAUGAACUUUGGUAUGACACCCGCCUCAGGUCCUGACGGUGGCGACGACCCUUCAUCAACACAAACCAGACCUCAUCUUGGUAGAGACAUCAAAUCGACCCCAAACCUUGCUCAUUCGCCUACUCAUCAUCCCGACAAUGUGGAGAGAAUGGACCAAGCUUUGUCGGGUCAUUUACCUAAUGGAGGCAUGGCCCGAUCAAAAACGACGGGUCAAAUCAAUAAGCAAAGUGGGUUCAUUCUCAACUCGACCGUAAGCAAAGGCGAAAACGCCACUUUGGAGAGUAGUAGUGCUUCGAGACAAGUUGGAAGGGAGAAGGAAGAGAAGAGGCAUUUUGACCCUUCCAGAGAUCCCCGACUCUUGGGUCUGAUCUGAGUUGACUGUACCUGAUGCCGAAGAGCAAUGUGUAUAGUACAGCAGAUUGUUACACGUGCCGUCUCUUUAAUGGUGCGUUGUUGUAGCAUCAUUAUUACCAAGCUUUCCGUAGCGUUUUAUAUUCACAAUCCCCUUUUGUGUAUUUCCCUGUCAUCCGUUGACAUCUUGUUCAUCCGUUGUUUAUUCAUCUCCAUCACGAACUGUAUCAUACAUAGCUCUUCCUGGCAUUUCAAUCAUGCACUUUUACCGCUUUG